UAGGGGCUGAGGCGUUAUUGGAGCCCGGGAGCUGCCGAUCCCGCUCCUGCUCUGUCUCUUGUGUGUCUGCCUGCCUCUCAUUAUGUGCCAGGGGAGGCUCGGCUGCAUCCAGCCUGCGCGCCUCCCACUUCUGCUGUUGCAGUGAUGCUGUUGCCGCUGCCGCCGCCGCCGCUGCUGCUGCUGCUUCCGUAGCUGCUGCUUUGCUGAGUCCCACUUCCAAAUGAAGAGCGAUGCCACAGUGUCUGGCCACCACCCUAGCGAUCUGCUUUGGAGACAAAGCCCGUGCGUGAGCGUCUCCCCUCUCUCCUAGUUCUCUCCAGCAGCCCCAGGUACCCAGCACCGGAUGAAAUUCCUGUUAGGAGCCCUGAUUCAGCGUUGAACAUAGACGAGUUCAAGCAGCAUUACUGCUCCCAACCUGUGGAUCUUUGUUGAUUGAUAACUUCUGUGCCUCCAGAAGCCCGUGAUCCGCCUGCUCCAGGUCACUGGGCCUGCCCUUACAACAGUUUCUGGGGAAACAGAAUGAAAGAAGGCAUGUCGAAUAACAGCACAACCAGUAUCUCUCAAGCCCGAAAAGCUGUGGAGCAGCUCAAAAUGGAAGCCUGUAUGGACAGGAUAAAGGUCUCCAAGGCUGCAGCGGACCUACUGGCAUACUGUGAUGCCCAUAUCCGAGAAGACCCCCUUAUUAUACCAGUGCCUGCAUCAGAAAACCCCUUCAGAGAGAAAAAGUUCUUUUGUACCAUUCUCUGAAUCCAUUUGUAAUGCAAGUGUCCCCUUUUCUGUCUGUGAAAACUUCCCAUAGAAAUUAUGCAUGCUUUUAGCAUUAGAGGAUAAUAGAGAAUAUGACUUCCUGCUGCCUAACUCAAAAUGGCCUAGGGUGCUGUGCUUUUUUAAUUGAUUUCUUAAAGAAGCAGCAUACAUUUUUACAGCAAAUGAUACAUGUGCCAAGUAGAAUCAAAUAUGGGGCUAGGGGUUGUUGUUUUUUUUAAUCAUUAUAAAUUCCAAAGUUUAAAUGUAUUAAGUGAAUUCAUUUCAGUGAAUAUGCUGAUUGGAGAUGAGCACUGUUUUUUUCACAGAGAAAGGAAAAUUGCAGCCAAGAAUCUUCAUUAUGUAUCCAUUUAAAGACCUUUUGACCAACUACAGCAUUUUUAUUUUCUUCCCUGGAGAGUAUGGCUAAUCUAGAGCAUCUCUAUAUCCUACUUCUCAGUCCUCCUCCUUGAGAAAGAAGAGAAAUGAGGAUUGGCUAGUUAUCCCUCAUUUGCACCCUGUGGAGGCUCCACGCCUCUCUGAAGUACACACCCUAUGUGGAGCAACCUUUGUCUUCCCUGUAGCACUGCCUGCUGUUAGUCUGUAAAUGAUCCCUCUGCAACUGUGGAAUGUUGAGUGAACACCAUAGUAAAUUUGACUAUAA